GACCUGUUUGCACUGGGCCUGCAAGCGGAACCAUGCUCAGGUGGUGUCCUGCCUGCUGGAUGCUGGUGCCAAUAAGCAGAUCCUCACUGCUAACGGGGAGCUGGCUGCAGAGUUAACUUCGAAACCAGACAUCCAGAAGCUUUUGGGAGUUGAAGAAGAAACUGAAUGUCAAGGAGUGAAGGAUUUAAAUUUGCCAAUUGUAGCAAACUACUUGGCCAGCCCACCAUUCCCUUACGUUUACACUAAAGAAAACGCUUCAGACAGCUUGGCAGAUCCCCAGAAUGAAAGUGCUUCCACCUCAUCUGCUUCCCAGUGCGAAACCAGCCCUUGUUCAUCUGCAACUCAGGUCGAGAGCAUAUGCACACCUACAUCGUGCAACAGCGAAGAGGAUCUUCCCGCACUAGACGCUGCAGAAGAGCUGCCCAUCCCGUCAGCAGCUGCUGCAGCACCCAAACGCAUCGAACCUGAGGUACAGAACGGCCCCGCUUCCCAGCCAUCCCUAUCCUGCAGCCCAGCUCUGUUCUCUCCGGUAGCGUCCAAACAGGCCGGACCUCUGCAGACCAACAGUUCACCUACUGGUCCCACAGCAGCGUUUCAGCCCUUUUUCUUUACUGGAUCUUUCCCAUAUAACAUGCAAGAACUUGUGCUGAAGGUGAGAGUCCAGAACCUCAGAGACAAUGACUUCAUUGAAAUUGAGCUGGACAGGCAAGAACUGACCUAUCGAGACCUGCUCAGAGUGAGUUGCUGUGAAUUAGGCGUUAAUCCAGAACAAGUAGAGAAGAUCAGAAAAUUACCUAAUACGCUGGUAAGAAAGGACAAAGAUGUUGCCAGGCUUCAGGACUUCCAAGAGCUGGAGCUGGUGCUUGUGAAAAGCGACAGCUCUCCUUUCAGAAACGCUGCAACAACUUUGACCGAGAGAUCAUGCUACAACAGCAGAGCAUCGAAGCUGACGUACUGA